UACGCGCAUUCACUCGUCUCAUAGGAACGACAAGUGCCCGCCGGCAAGACAGUUCUGUUCGUACGCCAUAUACAUAAUAUAUAUACAACGUUCGCGUCUAGCACACGUUAGUUGGGGUCGCGUUUCUAAACGAUUUUUCAAGUCGAGUUCGAAAUCAAAAUAACCGUUUGUUUUUUAAAAAAAAUUUUAAUCAAUUUUUUUUUUUUGUAAUUUCCGUGGACGACUCGCACUCGCAAGUGCCCGAAGUGAUUUUUUUGUCGUAACAAUAUUAAUAUUGUAACCACAGUCCAUACUGAUACCGUAUACGGACGUGUGUGUUGACGAUUAUCACACACAUACGCGCACACGGUGCAGCUCACGACGGACGCACGCACACACGCGGGCGCGCUCCGCGUAUUAUAGCACCGUCCGCAACGACUACUGCUGCUGCCGCUAUACUGCGACUACGACUACGACUACGACUACUCUCCAACUGUUGCUGUACAGUACAAGCCAACACUGGUGGUGCGACGACAUUCGCUCGCCGGUAACGACCAUCAGCGGGCAUCAGCCGCAGCCGCCCACCGCCGACGAUCAGCCCGUCCGAACAUGACGUCGCCAUCAGCAGCUUCCAGCUCGCGCUGUUACGUGCCCAGAUCCGUGAUCGUGGCCAUCGUCGCCGCACUGGCGUCGUGCACCGACGCCGCCACAGUGAUGACCAGAAUGAAAGACACCUCGAUGUUUAGAUCCAAAGGAGCCAUUGACGUGGACGGAAAUGCCGCAGCGUCGGCCAUCAAAGACAACGCCGAGACGUACAACUUUAACGCUCAAAACUACACAAACGCCGCCAACAUUACCGACUCGGAAGACGACGACAGUACGUCCGGUGCAGUGGCCGACGAGGAAGCGCUGUCCGCCGUGUGGUACCUAGCCGCGUUCGGUGGCCUGGUGCUCUUCUUCUUCGUGGUCACGUGCUCAGAACUUUUCUUCGGAAAUCCCAUCUACACGCGCCGUCCCGUUGAGCUACCGCACGCCGGCUACCUGCGCCGCCAUGUGUACGGCAUCCGGAACCACGGACAGCACCACAACUACAAGCCCGAGACGCCGCCCCCACCAUACCACCUGUUCGCGCCACCCAGCUACGACGACACCGUCAAGGGCGGAUUCGGCCAGGUGCUACAGCAGCAGCAACAACAGCAGUACCACCACCGCGUUCCGGGCAAGAAACUCGCCGACGUAUACGUGGUGCCCGUGCACGCGGCCACGACCGCCGCUACCGGCGCUACCACCUGCGCUGCCGGCGCCACCACCUGCGCCACGUGCACCACUAACGCCGUGGCCGUUGCGGUGGCCGACGCCAAACUGCUGGCCGCCGUGUUGCCGCAAAUGAAAUUCAAAUAAUCGUCUCGGCCGCCACCGACACCACCCUCACAUUUCUCCUCCCAUCAUUAUUCGUUCUCUCAUCAUCGGUUCGCCACUGGAUUUUUACCCCUUCGGACGGACCGGGAUGGAGGGAGACGACGACGAUGACGACGACGACGGCGACAAGCUACUAAUGUUUUUUCGCCCGAGAAGACGACCCUCGAGCGAUAUAGUAAUAUAAUAACCAAAAACAAUUAGUUAAUAAUAUUAUAAUAUCUCGUAUGAUAUUAUUUCUCAUUCUCCCUCUAUCUCUCUCUCUCUCUGCCGUCGUGUCGUAUCACUGGCGCGUUCUUUGAUCUCAUUUUUAUACAUAUGUGUACAUAUUCAAACGUUAUUUUUAUACACGGUCACACAUACACACACUCACUACCUUAUACGUGAGUUAAUAUUAUAUACACGAUUAUGUAAUGUUACGAUAAACGCGUUAUAAUAUGGUUAUUAUUCGUACACGCGUAGUUUGUUCGCGUUCAGGCAUUGUUGUUCGCACACGAUGAUGUCAAUAAAUAUUGUGUUUAUAUAAUUAAAUAUUAUUCGUACAACUCUGAUUACUUUCCAUACGUUUUUAUAUCUUAUUAUUUAUUAUUACUAUUAUAAUUGAUGGAUAUGUGUGUGUGUGUGUGUGUGAUAUUUUUUUAUAUAUUAUAUUCAUAAUUAUUCAUUAUUUUUGUUUAUAUACAUAAUAUAAUAUUUAAUUUUAUGUACACACUGCGCUCGUGCGGUGUGGUAUAAUAUAACGUUAAAACAACGAUGUAUCAUAUUAUUAUUAUUAUUAUUAUUUAUUUUAUUUAUCGCGUAUAACGCGCGUCAGUCUGAACAGCGGCCGACCGUUCGCGACUAUUGUGAACGAGCGCCGGGACACGUCUCAGUCGAGCCCUCGCCGCCGGACAAACACGUUCGACGUGCACCGUCCGCGACGGGCGAUCAACGCGCUUGCUCGCGUGUGCCCGUACCCUAUCGUCCGGCGUACGUGCAGCCUCGCACAUCGUCGCUGGGGCCACUCCGUUUCCACUAUCUUUACCAUAUAAUAUGAUGUAUACACAAUAAUAAUAAUAUAUAUUUUAUUAUUGCAUAUUUUAUGUAUAAUAUAAACGUAGAGGAUAAGUCACACGACCCGAUGAUUAUUACUAAUUGUUCUCAUGUCUGUAAGAUUUUGAUAUUGUGUACCUACGUGUUUUUUUUUGUGUCUAUCGACGUAUACCGUAUACGUAUGAAUGUUUUUUUUUUAACCUAUAUUAAAUUUACGUGUUGAACGUAGCCUAUAUUAGGCGAUUUCUUUUCUUUCUUUUUAUAUAAUUUAUUUAAUAAACACUGUUACCAAACACAUUUUUAUCUACA